AAAAAGGAAAAUAAACUUAUUAUGAUAGUUCAUCUUUGUGGCCUGUAGGAAGCAAGGAAAAUUUAUCUUUCCUUUGAAGUUUUAACUUUUGUAUGUAGUUUGUUGUCUUGGCCCAAGUUGAAAUAAUCUAUUCACAAGUUUAUAUUAUUUAAGUUAAAUUGGAAGUCAUGACAAGUGAAUGUUAACAAUUAUUGAAUUGAGUUACAUUACAUUACAUUUUACUUUACAAUAAAAAACUAAAAAUGUCAACAUCAGAUGAAAAGCAAGAUAUUAUUCAAUAUGUUCCCUUUAUGUCUUUCGUUCAUCCAUCGUUUUGGCAUAGCUUAACCGAAAUGAAAUUAAAUGUUGAUAAAUUAAAUGAGAGUACGAAACAAAUUUAUGGACGAUAUUCUUAUAGGGAUGAUAUCGUAAGUGUAUUUGAGGUCGAUGGAACUUCAUUCAACAAGGACCCAGAGACAGAGUUCCACUAUAUCAAUGUUACUGGGACUCUAAUGAAUAAAAAUACAAUAGAAGACUUCAAAAACAUUGACAAAGCAUCAUUAAUCAAUAGUGUUGGGGAGAUUAUGAGAGCCAAUAUACAGAUGAAGGCUUGGAUAGAUAAUCCUAAUAGCUUAUUAAACUUUUUCAUACUUUCAUUUGCUGAUCUCAAAAAGUUUCAUUAUUACUACUGGUUUGCAUUUCCUGCACCAAGCCAACCUAUUGUGUGCUUAAAAGAAAAAUGUAAAAACAUAAGCACUUGUUUCAAUGAGAAACAGAUAAAAGAUAUUUCACAGAGCUAUCAACUUCUAGAGAUAUCACAGAAAUGUUUCUUUGCAAUUGUUAAGGAUGAUGACACAUACAUCGUUGUGACCCUUUCAAAGAUCUUAGAUAAAAACAGAAAUAUGGACGAAGAGUCAAAUAUUGAUGUAACUAACACAUUUUUCGCAUUUGCCGAUCACAGUAAUGGCGAAAAUCCUGGCUGGCCACUGAGAAUUUUUUUGGCAGCUUUACUUGAAUAUUGUCCAGAUUUAAGUAAAAGGAUCAUUCAAGUUAUUGGAAUUAGGUGCAACAAAAAUGGUGCAGUUAAUAAUAGUCAGAUUUAUAGCAUAACAGUACCUGAGACAUUCCAGACCCCUCAAAAUGUGGGUUGGGUUGGUUGGGAGCGAAAUGAAAGGGGUAACUUUGGACCAAAACUUGCCAAUAUGUCUGCAUCAAUGGAUCCUGUGAAAUUAGCAGAUACAUCUUCUGAUCUUAAUAUAAAGUUAAUGAAAUGGCGCCUUGUUCCUGAUCUUGAUGUGAAUAUUAUGAAGGAAACAAAAUGUUUAUUGCUCGGAGCUGGUACUCUGGGCUGUCAUGUGGCAAGAGAUCUUUUAGCUUGGGGAUUUCGUCAUAUAACUUUUAUAGAUAGCGGCAAAGUGUCAUUUUCGAAUCCGACUCGUCAAGUACUUUUUAAUUAUCAAGAUUGUCUUAAUGGUGGUAGAAGAAAGUCGGAAGCAGCAGCUGAUAAUUUAAAACUUAUCCUACCAACUGUGCAUAGUAAAGGCCUAGUUCUUCACAUUCCUAUGCCUGGUCAUCCAAUAGGCGAGGCUCUUAAAGAUGAGACCGUUACCAACGUCGAACUUUUGACUGAAGCUAUAAAAGUCCAUGAUGUGAUUUUCCUCCUUCUGGACACAAGAGAAGCGAGAUGGUUACCGUCGCUUAUAUCCGCACACUAUGGCAAGAUAACAAUAAAUGCGGCGCUCGGUUUCGACAGUUAUUUGGUAAUGCGGCACGGAAUUAGUUCAAUUCUAGAAGAAACUUCAAUGAACAGCUCGUUUGUGGCUGGAGAUCAACUCGGAUGUUACUUCUGCAAUGACGUCACGGCACCUGGAAACUCGCUGAAGGACCGCACCCUAGACCAGCAGUGCACGGUGAGCCGCGCCGGCGCCGCCGCCAUCGCCGCCGCGCUCGCCGUCGAGCUGCUCGUGGGAAUGCUGCAGCACCCGCUACGAGUUAAAGCUCCAGCUGUAUAUAACCUAACUGACGAAGAACUCGACCCAAAGCUUCAAGGCGUCCUCGGCCCGAUACCUCAUUCGAUCCGCGGCUUUCUUCAUUCGUACCAAACGGUGCUACCAACGUGCACCAAAUUCAAACAGUGUAUCGCGUGUUCUGAAGUAGUAAUAGACAAAUAUAAAGAAGAAGGCUUAGACUUUUUGAUGAAAGUUUUCAAUAGCGGAACAUAUUUGGAGGAAGUUACGGGUUUAUCUGAACUGCAAUUGACGGCGGAAAUGACUGAGAUACUAACAUUAUCUGACGAAGAUCAAGAAACUCCAAGCAUAUAAAGAGGACAUACUAAAUAAAUGCACAAUAUAAAAAUCUCACCGGUAGCUUCAUAAUUUACUAACAUAUAAUUAGUAAUCUACUUUUUAGUAAAGGCAUUUACUGAAAAUAUAUGAUACACCAUGGUUUGCUAUUAUUUCAUAAGUGUUAAUUUAUUUAAAUAUUAUAAACAAAAAUAAAUUCAGCUUACUUA